AUCUACUCCAGUCCGAAUACUUAUUUAUUUCCCCCCCAUAUAAUGCGAGCGUGUACCUGGAUCUUUGAUUCAACUGCAAUUUUCCAUAAUCUUCCAUUCUCCACACACGCUGCAUCUAGCUGAUCUUGAUCAGCAGCCCGAUCAGUAAUGUCGUGGAGAGGUCUGCCUACUGCUAUCAUCUGGAUCUCGCGAAGGGAAUGUGCGGGUGGCGUACGGAAAAUCCACACCAGCAACAGGAAGACCGCAGCCACCGCUUCCAUCGGAACUCUUCCUGGUGUCGUAGCCAAGCCGAAAUCCUACAGCUCGAAUUCGUCGAUCACUCCACUUUCAAUUCUCCCAACACCCAACGUCCUUCGAACCUACCUCAUCGCUUCAGUGACAGCUUCACCCCUCCUGUUGCGAGGAUGUUUUGCAGUACUCAACCGUCUUCUGGAGUCGAAGUCCACUAUCAUUGACGUGGACAGAAACCCGAUACUCCGGCAGAUCUUCAAGCAAACGCUCUAUGCCCAGUUCUGCGCCGGUGAAACCAAGGAGGAAGUACGCAGAACGACAUCGGCAAUGAAGAGCGUGGGCUUCGAUGGCAUUAUCCUGGAAUAUGCCCUAGAACUCUUGCUGGAUGAAAAAGCAACCAAUGCAGUCGACCCGGAGGUCACAAAGAGCGAGAUUGCCACUUGGAAACAGGGGAUGACCGAUUCCGUGGACAUGACGGACUCCGGCGAAUUCGUCGGGCUGAAGUGGUCGGGCCUGGGUACUGAAGCCUUACGACUCCUCCGAGGCGGCCAGCUUCCAUCACCGGCCAUGGAGCAAGCGAUCCAUGAGAUAUGCGACCACGCUGCAGCCAAGAACGUGAAGCUUCUCCCCAGUGCCGAAGAAGAGUCGACGAAUAUUGGGAUCGAUCGAUGGACUCAAGCGCUGCAGAAGAAGUACAAUCGAGACAGGUCCAAGGGAGCGAUCCUAUACAACACCUACCAAGCGUAUCUCACAUCCUGUCCCGGAAAACUGGCUCGUGGCCUUGCGGAGGCAGAGCAGGAGGGCUACACGCUCGGAGUGAAGCUGGUGCGCGGCGCAUACAUGUCCUCGGAGCCCCGGUCCAAUAUCUGGUCGUCGAAAGAGGAAACGGACAAAGCAUACGAUGAGCUGACGGAGAGCCUGAUACGCCGAAAGUACCUAGGAAGGCUCCAGCCACACGACGGAUCCGAGGGCCACGCCUUUCCCAACGUGAGCAUCAUGCUUGCCACUCACAACCAGACUUCCGUUCGCAAGGCGCAAGAGAUCCGGAACGAGCUGGCGACGAAGGGUGAGCAGCUGGGAGAGCUGGCUUACGCGCAGCUCUAUGGCAUGGCGGACGAAAUCGGUUGCCAACUGGUGCAAAAUUCGAAGGCGGCGAAGCGAGAGAGAGAAACUAUCGGGGUACAGCUUGAUAUGCCGAGGACAUUCAAACUGGUGGCUUGGGGCACGACGAAGCAGUGUCUGCAUUUCCUAUAUCGGCGAGCCAGGGAGAAUCAGGAUGCAAUCGCCAGGACAAAGGAGACCAAGCAGGCGAUGUGGGAGGAGCUGGUUCGGCGGAUGAAGGCACUUGUCGUCAAGUGAGAGAGGGUUGUCUAUUCUCAAUUCCCACUGGAAUAUCCUUUGUCGCAUUCCACGAACUUAUCACCGUGCUUCCCCCAUGGGAAAUGAGCGAUCAAGUCGUACGAAGUCUGGUCGAUGCGGUUCAUCGACCCGGUCACGUCUGUCACGCUGUCCACGCAAUUCGGGAUUUUCAAUCAUGAGAGGCGUUCAGGCGUGAGAAAAUCGGAAAACUUUCCCAAAGAUU